AAAACAACAAUUUUCACUCUCACUGUAAACCCUAACCGCUAACCUAUCUCUCUCUCUCUAAAAAUCACACUUUCUCUCUCUAAAACACACGUCGGAAAAAUGAGAGAAAUCCUACAUAUUCAAGGAGGACAGUGCGGAAACCAGAUCGGGGCGAAGUUUUGGGAAGUAGUGUGUGCGGAGCACGGGAUCGACGUUACCGGAAAGUACACCGGAGACGCCGAACUUCAGCUUGAAAGGAUUAAUGUUUACUAUAACGAAGCGAGUGGCGGAAGGUUUGUUCCACGCGCCGUGCUUAUGGAUCUGGAGCCAGGGACUAUGGACAGUCUCAGAUCUGGUGCGUACGGACAGAUCUUCAGGCCAGAUAACUUUGUUUUUGGACAAUCUGGUGCCGGAAAUAAUUGGGCGAAAGGUCAUUACACUGAAGGCGCUGAGUUGAUUGAUUCGGUUUUGGAUGUUGUUAGGAAGGAGGCUGAGAAUUGUGAUUGCUUACAAGGUUUCCAGGUCUGUCAUUCCCUUGGAGGUGGAACUGGAUCCGGGAUGGGAACCCUUCUGAUUUCAAAGAUCAGGGAAGAGUAUCCCGAUCGAAUGAUGAUGACCUUCUCUGUAUUUCCAUCUCCCAAGGUUUCAGACACUGUUGUUGAACCGUACAAUGCUACAUUGUCUGUUCACCAACUUGUGGAAAAUGCUGACGAGUGUAUGGUUCUUGAUAAUGAAGCAUUGUAUGACAUUUGCUUCCGAACCCUCAAGCUUACCACUCCAAGCUUUGGUGAUUUGAACCAUCUUAUCUCUGCAACAAUGUCCGGAGUCACCUGCUGUUUGAGAUUCCCUGGACAGCUCAACUCUGAUUUGAGAAAGCUUGCUGUGAAUCUUAUCCCAUUCCCUCGUCUCCACUUUUUCAUGGUUGGGUUUGCUCCCCUCACCUCCCGUGGUUCUCAGCAAUACCGAGCCCUCACUGUACCCGAGCUCACCCAACAAAUGUGGGACGCAAAGAAUAUGAUGUGUGCUGCUGAUCCACGCCAUGGACGUUACUUGACUGCCUCUGCCAUCUACCGUGGUAAAAUGAGCACUAAAGAAGUUGACGAGCAGAUGCUUAAUGUCCAAAACAAGAACUCCUCAUACUUUGUCGAGUGGAUCCCUAACAAUGUCAAGUCAACUGUAUGUGACAUCCCGCCAACUGGUCUUAAGAUGGCAUCUACUUUCAUUGGAAACUCAACUUCUAUUCAAGAGAUGUUCAGGCGUGUGAGUGAGCAGUUCACUGCUAUGUUCAGGAGAAAAGCUUUCUUGCAUUGGUACACUGGUGAAGGUAUGGAUGAGAUGGAGUUCACUGAAGCUGAGAGCAACAUGAACGACUUGGUGUCUGAGUAUCAGCAGUACCAGGAUGCGACUGCUGAUGAAGAAGGUGAGUAUGAGGAGGAAGAGGAAUAUGAAGAGGCUUAAAGGACUAUCUCAAAGGAAUGAAGUGUAUUGGUUUUAUGAGGUUUCUGAAUUUUGGUUACAACCAGUGGUUGUAAGCUGUAUUGCCAUUUUUAUCCAAACACUGUAGUAAAAGAAGCCAAUCUAGUAGUGUUUUGCUUUAAACUGAUGAAUUUGGUGUAAUUUGUUUCUAUUUGGAUAAGUAAGUUUUCGUUCUUGUUUAA